ACCGGUUUCUUGAUGUACUGACCACUAUAUCAAGGUAGAGCAUCGGUAUAACGUCGACUUUUCAGACGGACCUUGGUCAGUCUGAAUUCUGUCGACGAUCCUCGUACAUUUUUCCAUAGUUUUGUGGCCUAUCGAAGCAAAUCAGUCCACUUUAUCAUGUAUCCGCGUUACGACUUUCUCUUCGUGUUCGUUUAUCAUGUUGUGACUGGCCUGUCCUUACCGGCAACGACUUAUGAUCAACGACAAACCGGUGAUCUGAACGUGCAGGUUCAUUUGAAGGAUGUACAAGUGUUGGCAUUAUUGGACUCAGAGAUGCUUGAUGAUUACACGGAAUACGAUUAUUUCUACGAUUACGCCGAUUUCACGAUUAAACCAAUGAAACCCAAUGUUACAACUACUACCGAACCAUCAACUUCAGAAAUUAUAGAACAACUUAAUUUUUCCAACGUUACAACAUCACAAAAUUUAACAUUUCCAAUUAAUGAAUCAAAUACAAAUAUUAAUGUAGAGAAUACAGAAAUUUUGUCUUUAGUCGAUGAUGAAAAAAUAAAUGAAACCUUAAGUAUUUCAUUGAAUAAAAUAUCAAAGAAUUCGACUACUAAUGAGGAUAAUAUAUUAAAGAUAAAAGUUAAUGAUAAAAUUGAAAAUUUAUUCGAAGAUGUAGAAAAAAAUCGAACAGAGCAAAAUAAUUGGGGAUUAUCCCAUAGUAUGGAAGAUUCAUCCAAAAUAUUCUCUAGGAAACGUUGUAGAUCAGGAUAUUCACCAGAUGGAAAUGGUCGUUGUCGUCGACUUAAUAAACGAAGAUUGUCAUUAAUUCCAUUGGCAUUGAGAUUAGUACCAAAAUUUUUGGACGACACAGCACGCAAUGCAAGGAAUUUUGUGCAAAAAGAGGAUAAUCAAAUGCACUCAAACCAAGUUAUGUCAUGAAUAUUCGAUAUCAGUGUGCGAUUGUAUUAAGUUCUCUCAUGUUCCUCGUCGACUUAUGUUAAGUUAUGUAUUCUCGUGUCGUUCACAUCGCUUCAUCCUGCAUUUAUAUUCAUCAAGUUACUGUAUAUAAUAUAAUAAGCAAUUAUAUGUAUUUUUUUUAUACUACUAUAAU